AUGCCCAUCCCUAUAUAUGUCAACGGGACAGCCCCCGUCAGCCGCCGAGAAAAACUCUACCAACAGCUCAUCCACCGCAAAACCGUUCUAACCGAUCUUCAACACUUGCCCACCGUAACUUACGACUGGCAAAGAGACGAAGGAGCCUACUUUCCCAACAUAUACCAAAGGUUCGGUGAGGGAGAAGCCGACGGGGCACCCCAAAACCUCAAGGAGAUGAGAAUCCAACGGCAUAGACAUCUCAUGGCGUCGAAUUCGGCCAUGCCGCUGAUCGCCCCAUAUGAAGUUUAUCGUCCCGGCGAUCUCGUAUACAAUGUGCGCUAUACCAUAUCUGCCGCUCUCGAAUGUUUGAAUCCCGACGGAACAAAGAUGGAACCGCGACCGCUUCAUGGACCGGAUGCACAUAGUGUUGUUAUUCGGACGACGUAUUCGACGCCUCCGCGUGUAGCGAUUCAUAAUAUUCCGCAUACGGAACCGGGCGGUUUGUAUUCGUGGGAUAAUAUUAGUAUUAAAGCGGUUCAGACUAUGUUGUAUGCGCAUGGGAUGAUUUUGUUUGGGGCGGAUGGGAAGAGGAGGACGGUUCCGUUGGAGGAAGAAGUUGUGAAUGAAUUGAUGGGAGAUAUUGAGGCAUGUGUGAGGGAGAGUAUUGGAGAUACAUGGAGGCUGGGAGAUAAUACUAUUGGGUGCGCGUCAGAGGAAGAUAAGUUAGAUACGGAGAGGCAUUUUCGAUCGAGAUGA